UUCACAAUCGAAGAGAAGUGGAAUUAGUACAAAGUAGAAAGCAAGAAGUAGAAUACAGUAGAUGCGAUGGCCCGGGGCCUCAUCCUCAGCGCUCAAACAAGAACAACUUGUGUCGCUAGCCUUUCAUUUUCAUCAGCAAGAUGCAAAAUCCCAAUCAUCUAUCCUCAAUAUCUUCCCUCAACUUCAACUUCUUUCUUUUGCACCUGCUCUCAGGCACUACACGUACGCAUGGACAAGUACAAGGAAGCUUUUUCCAGGCGUAUGGCUAUGGCUGGCCUUAAACCUCACCACCCUAUCGCUUUAGGAGUUUCCGGUGGCCCUGACAGUAUGGCGCUCUGUGUCCUAACCGCCGUCUGGAAAACCGGAGGGUCUAAUGGGGCCGGCAAGAGUGGCGAAUUCAUUGACGGGAUUUUGGCCAUAAUUGUGGAUCAUAGCCUUCGAGAGGAGAGCAAAGAAGAGGCUAACAUUGUCAGUCGCCGAGUUUCUGAUAUGGGAAUCAGAUGUGAGGUUGUUCGUUGUGAUUGGUUGGAUGGAAGGCCGAAACAAGGUCAUUUGCAAGAAGCAGCCCGUGACAUGAGGUAUCAAUUAUUUCAGAAUGUGUGCAUUCAACGUCAGAUUGGUGUCUUACUUAUUGCGCAUCAUGCAGACGACCAGGCUGAGUCAUUCAUUCUCAGACUAUCUCGCAAUAGUGGAGUUCUUGGACUUGCUGGCAUGGCAUUUACUUCACAAAUUUUUCCAUCACAUACUCACUCUUAUGAUAUAGACUUAAAGAAUCGAUCUAUUCUUCUGGUGAGACCGCUUUUGGAAUUUUCAAAAGAAGAUAUGUACAAGAUAUGUCAAGGGGGUAAACAGGAUUGGGUUGAAGACCCAACAAAUUGUAAGCUGUUGUUUGCUCGGAACAGGAUCCGAAUGUCUUUAGGAAAUUUGUCAUCAUGUAUUUUUAAUUCUGAACUACAAGCAGUUAUUUCUGCCUGUCGAAAAACACGUUUAUAUGUUGAGCACAUAUGUUCUAACUUGAUAAAUCAAACUGUGACCAUCAUGGAUGAGGGUUAUGCUGUUCUUGAUCUAGAGGUUCUCAAGCCAUCAAAAAUUGAGGACAUAUGCCUGUCAAAGUUUCUUGCGUUGGUCUUGCAGUUUAUAUCUCAAAGACAAAGGCCAGUUAGAGGCAGUACUUCAAAAUUGCUGUUGGACUACUUUCGUACUUUCCCAUGCAAGACCUCUCUUACUGCAGCAGGUUGUUACCUUUGUCCAGCUCCCGGGUCCAAAGGCACCAAAGUCCUGGUUUGCUGCUCUGUUGAUUGUCCUCUGCCAUCAAAAAUGGAAGUGUUUCAGAUACACUCUACUGGAGAACAGAGGCAUUUUAUUCCAAAUUCAGAGCAGAUUAUUGUGGAUGCCAAAUCAUAUUCAGAUCAUUUGGUUCCAGAUGCAUCAGAAGCACUUUUGUUGGGCACAACUUCAGAUUCUGUGCUAACUGAAGCCAAGAGACUUAAUAUCCUCAGUGAGUCAACCUACAGGAACAUUCUUUUACUGAAAAGGGAUGAAAUCAAACAUUUUAAGCUUAAUACUGAAGUUACAUCUGACAGCCAGUCAAUUCAUGAAGUUGCAUACAUCAAUUCAUCUACAAGUAAACCACUUCAGCCUGGACAAGCCUGUUAUUUCAUGAGCAGGUUCUUGGUCACAUGGAAACUGAGCAAGGAAACUGCUAACUGUGCAUUUCCUGAAGAAUUUACUGGUGACUGGGAUUGUGGAGGGGAAAGUCAGAAGGGGCGUUGCAGUUCUUGUAUAGUUGGUGAUAAAAUGGUGGCUGAUGUCCGUCACAUGAUUGAAUCUGAUUGGUUGUAUCUUUCCAAGUUGUCAAAGGGUGUGAGUUUGGAGAUUUUUCAACAGGAAAGAGUUCUCUUAGAUAGUAAAACAGAACAAAUCUUGGAGAAGACAAAGCUGUGUUCAGAUUAUGUGAGGUUAUCAGCACAAAGAGCUCUCCUAUCAUUGAAAUCUAUCCCAGUUGCUGCAAGGAGAAGCCUUCCUGUCUUAGUCAAUAGUCAUGGACAGUUACUAAGCAUCCCAUGCAUUAACUUCAAUCAUUGCCCUUGCUUGAUGGUAUCUGCCGUAUUUAAGCCAAAAGUACCACUUGGAGGAGGCCAUAGUUCAUUUUUGUAAGCCCUGUAGUUUCAACAUACUUCACUUUUCCUGUUGGGGAUAGUCUCAGUAGUUUCAGUUCCUUGAGUUCACUAAAAUGUGUACCCAGGAGGCUCACAUGAUUUUCAGAUAUGUAUUAGUCAUGCUAGAGUAGGAUCCAAACUGUAAAUUUUCACCUCCACCUCAACUAUACAAUGUUGAUUGUUCUGGUUUA